AUGAAUAGACGAUCAUUAAGUGAUCAAUCCCUGUUUUCGCCAACACGUACCAACAGAGUAGCUAAGAUAAAAUCUGGUAACCUACAUGAUCGAUGGACUGUCAUCUGCUAUGUGAUUGGUUUGAUUAACAUUCUGAGUGCAGUAUGGAUGUUGAUUGCACCUGAACAUUGGUAUUACAAUCUGCCAGUUGGCGUUCCUGAACCCAGCCCGCUGAAUAUUCAUUUCAUUCGUGAUAUUGGUUGUACUUUUCUUGUGCUCGGUUUUGGCCUACUGGCUGGUGGUUUCUACUUUAUUGAAUUUCGUCUACCUCUAUUUACAAUGAACACCUUGUUUUACAUGUUUCAUAUGUCCGUACACAUUCAUGAAGUUGUAAGCGGACGACUGAGAAUGGGAAUAUUUUGGAAUGAUCUACCAAGUAUCUAUCUACCGGCUGUGGUUACACUUGGACUGAAUAUUAUUCUGAUUAGAAAACAUGUGACGUUAUCGGUAUAA